CUCCCUCUGACGCACGGUCGAGUCACGGAGAUUUACGUGGUGAUCUAUUGCGACGAGGGGUGCUGCUACUGAUUCAUCAUUAUUAAGGUUCACGAUAGACCUGUCUUGCUCAAGACAUCGCAAUGAGUGGGGAAAAGAAUUUGGACCACGCUGAGAGCGUGCAGGAUGUUGAAUUUGCUCCGCAGGUAACCGGGGAGAGCUACACUGGGAUAGAUCUCAGCACUCGCGAGAAAGCCCUGGUCUGGAAGCAAGACCGGCGAAUUGUGCCACUCUGCGCGGGCAUCUAUCUUCUCUGCUAUCUGGAUCGUUCCAACAUAGGAAAUGCCAAAAUCCUCAACCAAGACACCGGCAACGAUCUCCUCUCGGAGACGCAUAUGACUUCGUACCAGUACACUGUCGCACUCAUGGUGUUCUUAAUCGCGUAUGCGCUAUUCGAAGUGCCCUCCAAUUAUCUGCUCAAGAAGUUGAAGCCCAGCAGAUGGAUCGGAUUCCUCAUGCUGUCCUGGGGAGCUACCACAAUGGGCUUGGGCGGAUCGCACAAUUUCUCCCAGGUGACUGGUAUUCGGUUCCUGCUCGGAGCCACGGAGGCCGGCCUUUUCCCCGGGCUCGUCUACUACCUGACAUUUUGGUAUCGCAAUUCAGAGCGGUCCAUGCGCGUUGCUCUCAUCCUAGCAUCCGCCACCCUCGCGGGUGCUUUCGGUGGUGCCAUUGCCUAUGGCGUAGGACAUAUGAACGAGGUCCGCGGGCUAUCAGCAUGGCGAUGGCUGUUCAUCAUCGAAGGCGCUCCGUCGUGCGCCUCGGCCUUUCUCGUCUGGUUCUUCCUCCCUGACUAUCCCGAGUCGGCGUCGUGGCUCAGCCCGGAAGAGAAGGAUCUUGCUAUCCACCGAUUGAAAGAGGAAGGCUCUCAUGGAGCGGCGAAGGCUAUGAGCUGGGAAGAGGCAAAGGAGAUCCUGACGGAUUGGAGACUAUACGCGCAUUAUAUAUUUAUACCGCCAUGGGCUGCUGCCUAUGUGGUAACUACUGUCGUUGCAUGGUCCGCCGACCACUUCAACAGUCGUGGUCUGCAUUCCGCCCUCUUUGCCUUUAUCGGAGCCAUGGGUUUCCUCGCAUCUGCCGUUCUUCCCGCAGACGCAUACUUGCACCGAUACGGAUGUCUCGUAGUCGCAGCCAGUGGCUCUUUCGCCUGCAUCCCGCCCUUACUCGGCUGGCUAUCUGCCAAUAUCCGCUCGACAGCAGGGACCGGCCUAGCUAUUGCAUUGAACGUGUCAUUUGGGGCGCCGGGACAAAUCGUAGGGGUAUGGAUAUACAAAUCCGACGAGGAGAAGAAGGGUUAUCCGACGGGACAUUGGACGAAUGCGGCGCUGCUGCUGAUGGUCACGGCGGGGUGUAUUCUGCUGCGACUGUAUUAUGGAUGGAGGAACAAGGGCACCAAGGGUGGUGAAAGGUUUGCUUAUUGAUUGAUUGACUGCGUGCUAGUUAUCAGGUUAGUACUAUAACAUGAAUAGUAUAUAAUUGAAGUUGGG